AUUUCCUACAGACAAGGCCAAAACCCAUUUCCUUUGUCCGCUCUCUCUCCCUCUCUCUCAUUAAAAAAAAAACAAAAAUGUCCAAGUCAUCAUCGCCGCCGGCGAUCAACCCUUCCGACUACUCCCACAGCGCCGUCCACCACGCCGUCGCCCUCCGCGACCACACCACACUCUCCCGCCUGAUCGCCUCCCUCCCGCGCCUCCCCGAACCUUCCUUGGUCCAGACGGAAUCCGAUUCCCUCUCGCAAGAGCUGAUCGCCGACAAAAUCGCGGCGGUCGUCGACCGCCGCGACGUUCCGUUUCGGGAGACGCCGCUCCACCUCGCCGUCCGGCUCAACGACGCGUACGCGGCACGCGCGCUGGCCGCGGCGGGGGCCGACGUGUCGCUGCAGAAUUCGGCCGGAUGGAACCCCCUGCAGGAGUCGCUCUGCCGAAGACUCCCGGAGAUCUCCUCCACUCUGCUCCAGCUCCACCACCGCUCCGCCUGGGUGAAAUGGCGCCGGCGGCUCCCCCGCCUCGUGGCGGCGCUCCGCCGCAUGCGCGAUUUCUACAUGGAGAUCUCCUUCCACUUCGAGAGCUCCGUCAUCCCCUUCGUCGGACGAAUCGCGCCUUCGGAUACCUACAAGAUCUGGAAGCGCGACGGCAACCUCCGCGCGGACACCUCGUUGGCCGGAUUCGACGGGCUAAAGAUCCAGCGCGCCGAUCAGAGCUUCCUCUUCCUUGGGGACGGCGGCAGCGCCGCCGUCCCCCCUGGCUCCCUCCUCGUCCUCAAUCGCGACGAGAAGAAAAUCCACGACGCGUUCGAAUCCGCCGGAGCUCCCCUCUCCGAAUCGGACAUCGCCGGGUUCUGCUCCCAGACGAGCGUGUACCGGCCGGGGAUGGACGUGACGAAAGCCGAAUUGGUCGGCCGGACGAACUGGCGGAGGCAGGAGAAGAGCGAAUCGAUCGGCGAGUGGAGAGCCAGAGUCUACGAGCUUCACAACGUCUCCUUCAGCUUCCGAUCGAGGAAAUUCGUCAAUUCGGACAGCGAAUUGGCCGGCUGCGAGCAGGUUUUGCCCUUGGAACUCGACGAAGACGACGAUGGAUUCUUCGUCGCCGAGCUUCCGAAUUUCCCGGCGGAUCACAAGGACCAAAGGCGGCACAGCAGUUUUGUCAGAGAGGAAAAGUACAGCGGCAGCAGGCACAGCAGUUUCACGCGGGAUGAAAGGGAAUUGGUCAUGGUCGGGAGAAAGAGCGUUGACAUAAUUCCGUCAACGUCUUCGGCGUAUUCCGCGGCGAGGAAUCGGGUGGCAGCUGCGGCGGCUGCGCCGCCACCACCAACGCCGCAGACGAAGGAGAAAGAGUACGUGAAGAGCUUGCGGCCGUCUGUUUGGCUGACGGAGCAGUUCCCGUUGAAGACGGAGGAGCUGCUGCCGUUGCUCGACAUUUUGGCCAACAAGGUGAAGGCGGUACGGCGGAUGAGGGAAUUGCUGACGGCCAAAUUUCCGGCAGGGACCUUCCCGGUGAAGGUGGCGAUUCCGGUGGUUCCGACGGUGAAAGUGGUGAUCACGUUCACCAAGUUCGUCGAGCUGCCUCCGGUAGACAGAUUCUACACGCCAUUGUCGAGUCCGAACGUGUUGGGCGAUGGCGACGAGAAGAAAGAAGAGGAGUCUCAGUACUCCAGCGCAGCAUCGAGGUGGUCCUCGUCGACGUGGCUGCGACGAAACAGUGACGUCCAGUCUAGCAAUAGCAAGCAGCACCAGCAGCAGGCUAAGUCGUCGAGUGCUCCUCAGGCUGCGAUCGAUCCAUUCAGCAUACCCAGCGGGUACACAUGGACGAGCGCGGUUGUAGGUGGAGGUGAUGGUGACGGUAUGACUACUGCUGCUGCUAGAAUGAAGAAAUCCAAGUCGUCUGUUAGGAGAUCGAACAAGUAAUUAUUGUUUAGGAAGAUUGGCCAUAGAUUAUUGUUAGUGAGUUAGAGGAGUGAUCAAGUUCUUCAUUUCUUCUUUGGCUUGAAAGUAAAGAGGUAUAUUCAUAUUUAUGCAAUUUUAGUGCAGAUAGCGUUUACCAUCAUAGACGUAGAGCAUCAAAGUUUCUGGGUUUCUACCAAGUUAGUUAUUGUUGUGCUGAGCAGC